AUGACUCCUGUGGCAGGUCACACAACAGCCCAGUUGCAAUACUCGAAAGGCAGCCAUCGCACCUUUUUGGGGACACCCAAGCUCCUGGAUGUUCCUGAAGAAAACACAGCAUCAAUGGCUGCCCAGGACAGCAUCAACAAGGCCACAGACCAGGCUGCAACUACAGCUACACCACCCAGUCUGAAAGUCUAUAGCAAGUGGCGCUAUAGAGAGACGCCCAAGACAGAAACCCAGAAGGACCCCCAAGUGAGUCUUCUGGCCAGAAUUAGGCAGAACACAGAAGAGGCUCCUUUUUGGAUUAAGAGGUUGGGAGGAACUUCUACAAUCUGCUGCACUCCUGCUACCGGCUCAGCAAGCUCCAGCAUCCUAGAGGGAACCACAAUGCGUGGGAUGAGAGGACAAGAUGAAGCAGAUGGAUAUAAAACGAGGACAGCUGUAAUUCAAAACAACCAAGACCUGGGGCACCUUGCCCCAUCACAGCCUGACAACUUCAAGCCAAGCCCUUCCUCUGGUCCACGCCCAUACCAGCCGCCAAGGUCAACCCCUAUGUUUACUUCUCCACCAAUGGAUGCAUCGUGGUUGGUGACAGAGUCCAACACCAGCACUAAAGGAGGAGGCGCAAUAGACCACCGCUCUCCUGUGCUGGUUUUCCUCUUCUUUCUCUUCCUCCCUCUUCCCCUCUGUAUACUGUGCUGGCUCGGGGCACGAAGCAGGCGCCCUGAUGAUGCGUAA